GCUCCGUUUUCUCGUUUCUUCCUCCGUUUCCUUUUUCAAAUAAUAAAUAAAUUAGUUAAUUCGAAAUAAACAGAUAUAUGAUCGUGAGAUUGAAAGCAAAGCAAACGAGUGCUCUCGAGUCUCUGAGGUGCAUAAAUAUUCAGUAGAAAGCCGGCACUUUGUUCUUGAUUGUAUUUCGAUUAAAUUGCUGUUUUCUGUUUUGAUGGGCUGUGUGUUUGCGAAGAAUGUGAAUCACGUCAAGCACACACCUGGAUACGAGGAUCCUACUCUUCUUGCUUCCGAGACUGCUUGUGCGUUUACUGUAAAUGAGGUAGAGGCGUUAUAUGAGCUAUUUAAAAAAUUAAGCCAUGCCAUAAUCAAAGAUGGGCUUAUCCAUAAGGAGGAAUUCCAACUUGCCCUCUUCAAGAAUUGCAAUAAGAAGAAUCUAUUUGCAGACAGGGUAUUUGGCUUGUUUGAUGUCAAAGGCAAUGGUGUUAUUGAUUUUGGAGAAUUUGUUCGAUCUUUAAGCAUCUUCCACCCUGAUACAGCACAAACGGAAAAAAUUUCAUUUGCAUUUAGACUGUAUGACUUAAGGCGCACUGGCUAUAUUGAACGUGUCGAGUUAAAAGAGAUGGUGCUGGCUCUUUUUAGUGAAUCAGAUUUAUGCCUUUCUGAUGAUGUUGUUGAUCAAAUAGUCGAUAAGACUUUCAUGGAGGCAGAUAAGAAGGGUGAUGGAAAGAUAGAUCCGGACGAAUGGAAGGAAUAUGUAGAUAAAAAUCCAUCAUUGCUGAAGAACAUGACUCUUCCAUACUUAAAGCACAUCACCAUGGCAUUUCCUAGCUUUGUCAUGAAUUCAGAAGCAAACGAUGAUGAAAUUAUGUAAACCUUAAGCAAGAUGUUUCCUGAUAUUUACUAAGCAUCUCCCUAUAUAACAAACAAAAUAUGCAUUGCUAUGGAGUAUGGACCUUUGUAGGGAAGAACUCUCAUUGAUCGUGACGACAAAACCAAUGUAUCAGUUAUGUGCUUUCAAUCUUGAAGCAGAUACAGCAACUCACACAUCGACAACAAAUAUACAUUCUCAGCCCAAGGGUCUCCUAAUCCGCUGUAUAUGCUAGUUUCAGUUGGUACUGACAGACGAGAGAGGAAUUAAGCGUGUAGAUGUGAUACUUCCGGCUGUACAAUAUGAAAUAAUUUGUUAAUUAAAUUCUUAAUCAGCUUCUGAUGUAUCGCUACAGUUGGAACCAAGUUUUGAGGUGAUAUUUUGAUGCUGUUUGCUGUAUAAGUGAAAAAUAAUAAUUUUUUUUUGUUAUUUCGAUAAUUUUUCUCAA